UUGAUUAAUUUUAAAAUACUUAUAUAUCAAAGCUGCACAAAAAACAUGAUUCGAGAUAACGAAGGAGGUUUGAGGCUGUUAAUAAGAACAGCCAUGACACAAAGAUGCGUGGUGGUGAAAUGUUGAUUGAUAAUGUCGAACGGCCAAGCAAAUAGGCGAUAUUGCGUCGUGUCUAAUUAUCUCAGCCCCCAAAUGACCCACCUAUAUCGCUCUUAUAAGUGACUAGUAGUGCCUAAUUGCCACUGCGUCGAAAAAUAAACGUGCGGGAAUUGACAAUCCCCGAAAUGACGAAUGCACAUAUCCCAAAUCAAUUAAAAUGUUUUCCUCCUAAAUCUUACCAAGAAAGAAUUUCAAAUACCGGCACCAAUAACAAUACUAGAUUUAUAACCAUAUUCCCCACAUAAAAAUCUUUUGAAAGAAAAAAUUACAAAAAAACGAUUACACUACACACAAUGGGAAUUGCACGCAAAUAUGAUAAAUAAUUAAAGGGAAAAUAAUAAAUGCCACAUGUGAGUAAUAAUUUGAAUAAUAGCGCCGGUGUUAGUAGCGGGGGUGAAGAUGUCACGAGUGACGAGGUAAAAGUUUUCGUGGAAGAAGGAACGGAAGAAACAGAAAAGAGAGAUUCCGAAAGAGGAUUGGACGAAGAAAAAAUUAGUCUCGUCAAUAUUACUGACUCGGAUAAAACUGUCACAUCAUCUUCAGCCACAACCUUCAAUCAAUUCUUACAACAGGGUUCUAUAUUUGGUGCAAAUCCUUUUAACUUCGCUUCUAGAUACCGAAAUGAAAAUGGUAAAUUUCUCGAUCCUUCAACUUUGUAUGGAAGCGGUGACGCAUUUAGAUAUUUUAUGCCCCAUUAUUCCCCUAAUGGAUACCCAAUGGGAUUUCGGCCUUCCAAUUCUCUGGCCCAGCUGAUGUUGUACAAUCAAGAACAUUUCGUUCAACCUCCCCCAGCUCACAUGGGUAUUCCUACCAUGUCUAUAGAUCCCAAAUCAGGAAUUCCUAGAAUAUCACCUUACCCAUUUCCGUCGCCUCAUCAAUAUUCCCCCCAUCAUCAAGCUCUAUAUCCUUCCGAUUUUAGACAAGGCAGUUGGCCGACGCCGCCGGCAUUGUACCAACAUCCCAUUUCAUCUCUACCUUACAGUCCCGGAGCUCACCCAUUUCCUCAUAAUUUUGCCAAGUACAGUCCCCCGUUAUUGUCACCAAUAACCGCUUCAUCUUUUGGAGCAGCUUGUCUCUCUCCAGCAUUUAUGCCCGUCAAUUCGAUGAAAUCUGAUUACAUGUACCAUCAUCCCGAUUUAAAAUCAUCGCCUCACUUUCCUUCCCCCCUCGACCCUUCACAUUUAUCACAUCAUCCACACCCGGCAUUCAACCUAAAUUUCAACCAUCAUCAAAGCCCUUACUCUCACCCUUUGAUGAAUAAUGGAAUGAAUGGUUCGCCUUUCUUGAAUAAUAACAACACUCCCUCGAAAAACGGGAAAUCAAUCAUUUUCAAGAAUACUCCCAAUGCUAAUAACGGAAUCCCCAAUAAUUCGAGUUACAACGGGUCCUUGAGCAAUCACAACAAUCUUUUCAUGAACGGAUUUCAUCACCCGUUUUACCAUUUUCCACCAUCUCAUCACUCGAUCUCAUCCCUUCCAACCCUGACUCCCAUUUCUUCGAUGUUUCCUACGAAUCCUAAUAAUAGUAAUAAUAACACUGACAAUAACCAGGUACCCAACUCUAAAUCCAAAAUUCGAACCGGUCCUUCCUCCCCUAAUUCCCUUAACAUAAACAAUGACCCAGACCCAUCUAAUCCCUACUCCCUGCAUGACAUUGCAAACAAAAAUUCCAAAGUCAUUAAUGGUAAAAUUUCGGUCAAAAAGAAAAAAUGUCACAAUAAUAACAAUUCCAACGGUAAUUCGAAUCCCAACAACCCGAUUGUUCCACAUAUAAAAAAGCCAUUAAAUGCUUUCAUGCUUUUCAUGAAGGAUCAACGAUCGAAGGUAAUGGAGGAAUGCACCCUCAAAGAGAGCUCCGCUAUCAAUCAGCUCUUGGGCAGAAAAUGGCACAGUUUAACUCGUGAAGAACAGGCUAAAUAUUACGAAAUGGCUCGGAAAGAAAGGCAAAUACACAUGCAACUCUACCCCGGCUGGACAGCUAGGGAUAAUUAUACUUCCCACAAUAACGCAGUAGGAACUAAAAAGAGGAAGAAAAAACGGGAGAAAGUCGUGGACCCUUCCGACAUAAACACCGAACUAUCGGCAUCAAAAAAGUGUAGGGCAAGGUACGGCAUAGAUCAACAGAAUAAUUGGUGCAAACCCUGCAGGAGGAAGAAAAAAUGCAUCAAGUUCAUUGAGGACUACGAAACCAACCCAACUGAUAACAUUACCCAAGAUUUCAAAUUAGAAAAUUCACAACAACCGCUCCUCGAUAAUAAUUGUGACAGCACAUUAAACUCUUCUCAAUUAAUCGACGUAUACAAUAACUAUACCAAAGUUCUUAACAAUGGCAAUGAUCGCAAUGGAAAUAUUAAUAAUAUCGUUAAUACAAACAAAAUCGACCAUUCGAACCCUUCCUCCUCUUUCAUAUUAAACGACAACAGAACCGGUUCAUGCAAUAUAGAUGGAAGCGACGAAACUUCUACGUCCAGUUUCAUUAGUCACAAUAGCGAUAAGCUAAUCGACGGAGUUCUACCUGUAAACCAAAAUAACAACGACGAUGAAACUAACCUCAUUGAAAAAAUUCAUCAUAGCAAAACAGAUUAUUCGACGACUGCCUAUGACAGCAUAUCUCAAAAAAAAAUUGUUUCUACGGAUCCACCUAAUUCUGAUACUAAUCAAAUAAUUGGAGAAGGAAAUACUGAUCAAAGCGAUAAAGUAACUCAUAAGGACAAUAGUCAGAAGGAAGUCGAUUGUCGGUGCAACACGGGAAAUUGCAGUAGUAAUAAGAAGAAAAAUCGCUCUCGACAUCGUUAUCGCCAUCCUCAUCACGGCAUUUAUAACCAAGGCCCCGAACACAUGCUUUCAUCGCCAUUUUCUCCUCUUUAUCAACCCUACUUCCUAGCAAUGCUGGGAGCAGCAGCUGUUAGUAAUCAAGGCAAUCCAUUGGCAAUCCCACAAUUGCUGCCUCCUCGUGCAUCUUUAUCACAUGAUUCUAACAAGUCAAAUUCUUUGUCUCCUUUUUCUAUGAUAAAUCGCAGUCAGUCCAAGGCUAAUAAAUCGAAGAUAUCGUCUCGUACGCAUGGUUUAGCACACACAGCUCAUCAUGGGACCGGGCGGAAACGAUUUUUUGGUAACAAUAGUCGAAAAUCUUUAACUAAAUAUUGUAAAGAAACUGGUGGGAUACCUUUAACAAACCCUUCACCAUCUGAUCCUAUCUCGUCAUCUCAAGAGGAUGCGAUGGGGCACGAAAUCGAAUCUAAGGUUGAAUGCGGUAGUUCUUGGGACAAUGAUGGAGGUUCUCCACUAUCGCCACUUUCGGUAUCCCCUCCCAAUUCGCCUUGUUGUCCCGAAGAUAUUGACGAUAAAUAUAAUAGCGAAGAGGGAGCAGAAGGGAGUGUAAAAAAUACGAAAUUACAGAUCACAAAAAGGAAGUAUAUCCGAGAAAAAGGUGGGGUUGGCUCAACCAAAAAAUUUCGGCACGAUAAAAACUCUCCCAUAGCACCUCACUCUUACUACCAUCCCGUUCUGAGUCCUCUAAACCCAUUCUGGCCUACCCCUCCUGAUUUCGGUAACUUACUGUGGCGACCACCUCCUUCUUGCAAUAAAAAAAGUUGCGAUUGUCAAGAUAACUCAGGGCCAUCUCCUCCGUCUCAUUUCUCUCCUUACAAUAACAACGCUAACAAUCGACGUCAUCACUACAGUCCUCCGCCAUUCCCCGACCACUUUUACCUUUACAACUACUGGAUGGCAGCCAGAGCCGCCAGCGGUGAUCAUCAUUACAGUCACCACCACGUUUCAUCGCAACACAAUGGAGAAACCCAGGGGGGAAUAUAUGAUUUUGAGGCUGGAACUUUCUCUCCCUCCCCCUCUAACAUCAAUAAUAGCAAUAACGCGAGUAAGCACCGCAAGACAACUCACAAAUCUUAUCAUAAUAAAAAGUUUUCGGCUGGAAGUUCUUACUAUCAUCAUAAUUAUGAUUCAUCUACAUCACACCAACAUAAUCUCGCUUCUUUUAGUAAUGAUAAUCAACCUAAUAGCUCUAAGGUUCACCAUAAGUACAACAAAUAUAAUAAUUCCCUUAAAUUUAAAUGCGAUAAGGAUUCGUCACAUAAUCCUCAAAAAAUGGGAAUAGAGAUCAAAAGUGGUAAAGCGAUAGAUUGCCUUGAUUCUCCGCUUCAACCACCAGAUUCAAGUUCCGAUGUUUUGGAUCAUCUAAAUAAUGCUAGUAACAAAAGUGUGAACGAUAAUAGCGUUAAGAGCGAGCCAGUUAAAGACGUAGUCUUGAAAAAGCAGAAGGCUCACCCGGACGAUGAUGAUUUGCAUUGCUAUCAAUUCGAAGGGGCUCCUCCGAAGGAUGAUUUGGGCUUGGGCGUAUUGGAGGAAACUGGGGAAGACGGGUUAGAGGAAGAAGGCUUAAUUGGCGACAUGAUAAGAGAGGAAACGAAUUGCAAUAAACAAAACAGUCAUCUUCUCGUUAAUAUUCGUAAUAACGAGUUUAACCGUUUGGAACUAAAUUAUGAUCAUCGUUAUACCGAAUCUAUUCAAAACGGCGGUAUAGGAAACAUAGAUCCCGAUAAGGAUGCAACACUUGGUUCUAAACCAAGAGGAGAAAUUUGUAACGGAGAUUACCAAUCGUCAUCUUCUAGCGGUGUUGUGAACAGAGCUAACGCCCAAAAUCAUAAUCAGCAGUGCAAGGUGAAUAUUUGUGAUGGAAAAUGUGAUAUAUACAUAAAAGGUAUUCCAGAGCCUUCUUCUAAUUUGUACGAUUCCAUCAAAGAAGUGGCUCAUAAAAACAUCCAUUCCAGUCCCAUAAAACAAAUUUAAAAACUUUACUAUAUAAUUUGUCCUGAUUUAAAAAAAUAAAAUGUGGAACCGAACCAAAGAUUUACAAAUUAUACUUUAAUACUCGCAAUUUUUACUUAAAUCAUUAAUUCAUGCGAUAUUUUAAUAAUGAAUAGUUCUUAUUAUAUUUUUUUCUCUCCAUUAGGAAAAAAAUAUAUUGCCCGAAUUAAUUAGUAUUAUGUAUUAUAAAUUACUAAGAAAUAUAUAUUGUUUAAAUCCAAUUGUACAUUUUUUUAUAUCAUCAUAUAUUUGCGAUAUUAAAAUUUAUAUUAAAAAAGAUAGUAAUUUAUUUAUGCUCGUUUCUUUGUGAUUAUAAUACCAUUCAUUCACUAAUUUUGAUAUUAUAUAAUAUAAACCAACUAUUUUAUUUCAAAAAUAUAUUUUUUUUAAACAAACAAAAUAUUAUAUUUAAUUUCCAUUAUUUCAUCUCAAAAUAUAUAAAAAACAGAUUAAUAUUCAAUUUAUAGGGUCAUAUUUCAUUCUACUCCCCCCUUUGCUCAAUUUAUUUUUAUUGUGAAAAACGCUUAAAAAAUGGGAAAACAUUGUAUUUAUAAUUUUAAAAAGCUACAUAGAAACUUGUAAUACUUACCAA